AUGGAUAACAAAGGCAAAUCCAAGGCCAUUGACGGUUACGUGCAAACAACAUCCCAUUUCCAUCGUGGCAGCGGGAUAGACAGUGGCAAAGAGAUAUGGGAGGACGAUGCUGCCACCAUUGCUCUUGGCGGCCGUCAACGUGACAUGAGCCUUUUCCUCAGCUUCUUAGAUGAACAGGAUGAUCCAAAGAGCGAAGAAGAGUCGACUCUACACAAUCAGAAGUUGCUCCAAAUUGGUGACACAUACAUAAAUCCAUUUCAGCCUGUGAACUCUUCUGCCUCUACUACAAACACUGUUGUCAAGGAUUAUACUGAGCUACACUCCCAAAUUCCACUACCGAAUAUGGAUGUCAUUCAAGAUUUGUGUGCACAGUCAUCAUCAUCUUCUUUAGGGAUUGUUCCUAGUAAUUUUGCUAAUAUGAUGGCGAUACAGGAGGCAUGCCUUCGUGCGUUGAUUGACCCAGAUCAGGAAGUAUCAUACAGGUUAUGGCGUCAGUCCCGUGAGGCUUUGAAGAAUCACUAUGCUCUUGACGUUGAGAUGGCAUGUUCUAUGGGGCAUGUGCCAAAUAUAAAUGCUCCUGGGAAUUCCGAGUUCAAUUCACUUCUUAAGCUGAUCAAGAAUCCAGUAAACCAGUCUAUGCGGCUCAUUAAUGUCAAGGGCCACGUAUCUGCUCUCAGUGCUGACCCAAUUGGGAGCUGCUUUAUACAGCAGAAACUUGACGAAGCAACAACUGGAGAGAUAGUUAUGCUAUAUAAAGAAAUCACUCCUAGCAUCCUUACACUGGCCACUAUUGCCUUUCCCACUUAUGUUGUCCAAAAGCUUCUUGAGCAUGGACCGCCAGUCUACUUCAGGAUACUAAUUGCUAAUCUAAUGGGGCAUGUGUUAGACCUAAGCCUUCAUCUCUAUGGUUGCCGGGUGAUCCAGAAGGCUUUUGAAAUAAGCGAAAUUGAUCAACAAAUAGAGAUGGCCAAGGAGCUUGAUAGCAACCUAUUCAAAUGUAUCUGUGAUCAACAUGCAAACCAUGCCGUUCAGAAAUGCAUGGAGUGUGUGCAGCCGCAAUAUAUCCAAUUCAUCUAUAGACGUUUAUGUGGCAAGGCCAAGAUGUUAUCCACCCAUCCUUACGGAUGCCAUGUGGUUCAGAAAAUGUUGGAGUUUUGCAAGGAUCCUAAAUUUAUGGACAGGUUUAUCAUGGAGAUUCUAGAUUGUGCAAGGGAGUUGUCUGUAGACCCAUAUGGAAACUAUGUUGUGCAGUACAUUGUGGAGCAUGGGGGGCCUCGUCAUCGAGAAAUUAUUAUGUUGAAAUUUGCUGGGAGAAUAGUACAGAUGAGCCACCAGAAGCACUCUUCCAAAGUCAUUGAGAAGUGCCUAAUCUAUGGCAGCUACCACGAUUGCAAGCUUCUCAUAAAUGAGAUCCUUUGUGUAGGCGGUGGUCAAACUGCAGAUCAUAUUGUGGGCAUGAUAGUCCACCAGUAUGCAAACAAUGUGGUGCGGCAGAUGAUUGACGUGGUGAACGAUUGGCAGUUCAACGUGAUCGUGGAUGUGUUGAGGCGCAACAGGGACACUUUGGUCAUGUAUGCCCAAGGGAGGCAGGUCAUCGCGCAGGUCGAGAGGCUCCUCAAUGGCAUGGCACCGUCCCCUGACUCCCUUGUGCAAACAUUGUCGUCCCAGUUCAUCUAG